AUGGCGCCUGUUCUCUCCUCCGCGCCGCGGUUAUUCGCCGGACUUUCCCCCACCGGCCCCUCCUCCACCUCAGCGCGGCAGCAGCAAGAACCGCUCGAUCUUAACGCGCGGCGCCGCCUCGAGAUCGACCCGCAGGGCCGCCCGUCUACCGCUUCCGCCGCCGGCGCUUCCCCUUCCGUGCAUCCCCCGCAUCUGCGGCACCCCGCCGGCCGACACAGCGACCCCAAUGUCGUCGCUGCUUUUGCCGCGGGCGCCGCCGGCGGGAGCGCUUCGGCUGCUGCUGCCGCCGGUGGCGGUGGCGGUGGUGGUGGUGGCGUCGGGGUAGGGGAUGCGGCAGCGGCGGCGAAUGCGGAGAGUGAUAUGGAGACGGAAUUGACGCUGCAUCUAGACUUCGACCGCAUCUUUCGCAAGGGCUCCAGCGGUCGUCACAGCAAGUCGUUGUCGCUUCCGUCGCACGACUCGCAUCGCAACCCGUCGCAGCCGAUUCAAGAGCAGCAGCAGCAGUCGCAACCACAGUCGCACUUGCAGCAGCAGCCGCAGCAGGAGCAGCAGGAGCAGCAAGGAGCCAAGCUUAACCACCAGCGAUCAGCCGCAGGAGCGGCAGGAAAGGCAGCACAGUCAGGCACGGGACGACAAGGGAUCGCAGGAGGUUUUAAUAAGAUCUGGUCCGCUCUCUCGUCGGGAUUGCCGUCGUCUUCGAAAGGCCCUGCGACAGUCCCUGCGACGCCGCCGCUGUCGUCCAAGACUCCCAAGAGCAUUCACGAGUGGCCCGAGGACGACGUCGCGACGCCCGGCGACGUCGCAACCCCUGGCGACGUCGCAAACACCGCUGCAAGCACAUCCGCGUGGUCUCCUCUUCCCAGAACAGUCGGAGCGCGCGGAUUUAACUCAGGAAGCGACUCGGACAGUGAGAGAGGGCUAGUGACGACAAUGCCCUCGGGCGCGCCUCGGGGAGCUACUAAUAUUGGAGCGAAAGAAAGUUCCUUCGGCGGGUCGCGAAGGGAUGCACGGCCGCGUGACUUGCGGCGGGACGGCAGCUCCAGCCGCUCUGGCAGCGCCGCGGGGAGCGGCAGCGGCAGCGGCAGCGGAAGCGCGUUCGCGGCAACGGGGGAUCUAGAAGCCGAGGCGCGAAGGGUCGCGUUGCCUGAGUCACCUCUGGGCGGCGGACAGGCGGGGCCAGAACGUGCCGACCGCGGCGGGCGCGGCGGGCGGAUUGGCGCAAUGGUGGGCGCAGUGGCGGUCGCGGCGCUGGGGAACGCCGCGCGGUCGGCUGGCGGGGGACGGCGGAUGUUUAAGAGCAAGUCUCUCACCGAUCAGCGCUUCCCGCACGCGGCCGCGACGGCAGCGGCGGCGGCCGCGGCGGGGGCGGGGACGGUGGCGGCGGCGAGCGCUGGGGGACCGAGGAAUCCCGCGACGGCGGGCGCAACGUCCGCGCUUCCGCCAGCGGCGGCAGGGUCGUCGCGGCGCGCGAUUAAGAGCGUUUCGCUGUCCGAGUCCGCCUGGGCUUCCGGCGGCGCAGGCGCGGCGGCGAACUCGGUCCUCGGGGGCCGCCCGCCUGUUGCGCCCACGGCGGCGUCCGGUGCUGCGUCGCGGGGAGCGGCGGACGGCGCAGGCGGAGGCGCAGGCGCAGAGGCGGGUGCGCCGGGGAGUCCGCUGCUGGGCGGAGCGGCGCGCUGGACCUCCGGCAUGGGGAAGCGGAAGAGCAAGUCGGGUCCGGUGCGCCUGCGCAAGGGGCAAGCGGCUGCUCUAGCCGCCGUAGCAGCCGCGCGCGCGGCGGGGAGCAGGGGAGAGCUUAGUGGCGCGUCUCCGCCUCCGCGGAGUCUCCUCCUCCGCAGCUUGGACCUGGAUGCGCGCGCGCAUGAGCCGCGCAUUCCGCCGCGCGCGGCGAAGGCGGCGGGCGUUCCGAAGCUGCGGAAUGUUGGGGGGAGCAAUGGCGGAGAUGCGCUGGAGGGACUGGAUAAUCCCCCGCUUGCCGACGCGGAGAUUGCGCCGCCGAUGGCGCCGCCGCCACCGGCUGCGGCAGCAGGGGCAGCGGCGGCGGUGGUGGUGGUGGGUGUGGGGGGUGGAGGAAGCGUCGCGACGGACGCGUCGGUGGAUGGCUCGGUGAGCGAGAGAGGAAGAGUGGGGGGAGCAGACGGCGGAGGAGAAGCUGGGAGAGGUGGAGGCGGAGGCGGAGGCGGAGGCGGAGGCGGAGGCGGCGGCGGAGGCGGCGGCGGAGGCGGAGGCGGAGGCGGCGGCGGAGGCGGAGGCGGCGGCGAGGGGUCAGGCACUGGCGGAGAGGGAGCGAGUGCAGGCGGGUUCUCUAUUCCGCUGCUGCCCUCCCCGACGGUUCCCGCGCCAGCCACGGCUAGCCUUUGGACCCACGGGCUGGGCAGGCGCAAGAGCAAGUCGGGGCCGCUGCGCCCGCGCAAGGCGCAGGCUGGUGGCGCAGGCGCGGGCGGAGGAGGAGGAGCAGGCGCUGGGGAAGUUUCACGCGCGGGGGGGAAUCUGAGCGCUGCCCCUCCCGCUGCGUCCCCUUCCCUGGCGGGCGAGGGGCGCCAGCAUGUGCGCGAAAUGGGGGGAGGAUUGGUGGAAGCGGGGGAGGUGGGCGUGAGGGGAAGUGGCUAUCUGGAAGAGAUGAGAAUCAGCGGAGGAGGAGGAGGAGGGGGCGUGCAGUAUGGCAGUGGUAUCAGUGUUGGUGCUGCUGAUGGUGGUGCUGAUGGUGCUGCUGAUGGUGCUGCUGAUGGUGGUGCUGAUGGUGGUGCUGAUGGUGGUGGUGAUGGUGGUGGUGCUAGUGUUGGCGAUAAGGCGAGCAAGAACGCGUUUUGGAACUAUGGCAUGGGCAGGAGGAAGAGCAAGUCUGGCCCGCUGAAACCACGCAGGCGCGCAGCGCCAGCAGCAGCAGCAGCAGCAGCAGCAUCAUCAUUAGGAGCAGCAGCAGGAGUAGCAGGAGCAGGAGGGGGAGCAGGAGGAGGAGGAGGAGGAGAAGGCGGCAGCAGGACCGGACUGGGUGUGGUGGCGGAAAACGUGGUUGAGGAAAGCAUGGUUGACGCACGGGCGAGGGCCCGGCGAGCGCCGUCCCCUCCCCCUCGCCUCUUCUCCAGGAGCCACACGGACUUGGGGUCAGGCCUAGAGCGGCAGGGAGGGUGGAAGGCGUUUAUCAGCGGCGCUGCAUUAUCGUCAUCAUCAUCAGCAGCAGCUGUAGCGGCGGCGCGUCCUGCUAUGCACUCGCCGCUCUUCUCGCCCGACCCAUGGGGCAGCAUCCAAGAACCCUCGGAUGCUACUGCUCCUGCUGCUGCUGACGCUGCUGCUGCUCCUGCCUCGCCUGUGCCUCGCUUCCCACCUGGCGCGGCUGACUCCGCCUUGCUGCUCCUGCCCGGCAUUUCCUCCGCCCCUGCUGCUGCUGCUAACCCUGUUGGUGUUACUCCCGGUAUCGUAGGUUCUGCAGGAGGAGGAGCAGGAGGAGGAGGAGGAGGAAGUGGGGUUGUCACCGCUCCCGAGUCUGCUGUUGCAUACCACCGUGGCUCUUACGGUGGUGGUUCCUGGGAUCUUACUGCUGCUGGUGAGAGUCUUUUCGGAGUUGUCUCAACUACCUACAUGAACACCCCAGGCCACUCGCACCGAUCAUCAUUCUCACCAUCGUCAUCACUAUCAUCAGCAGCAACGCCGCCAUCACUAGCAGCGCGCCCGCGCCCACCACUCCCUGCAUCCGCGCACCUCCUCACCCACCGCAACCGCUUCAAAAGCCACUCCAUGCCCGGCCCAGACCGCCCCUCGGCUCCCCCGUUCCCCCUCCCCUUCUUCCCCAAGUCCCAGUCCCACCCUGAUGAGCAUACAGAGCGGUAUAAGAACUGGCACAGACUCGUGCACAUGGGCAUGCACGGGCAUGCGCAGGGGGAGCGGGGGGAGCGCGGGGAGGGCGGCGGGCAUGGGGAGCGGGGCCGUUCUGAGGGGCUUCAGAGCACGAUAGGUGGUGGGGCGCGAGUGAGGCGCAACAGCGACGGCAGUGUGGUGGGCGUGUCAAGGGGCUUUCAGCCCGGCUUCAACCACGGUCCUGUGGCUGGGGUCACGAGCAGAGGUGAAGCGAGGGUGGUGAGCGGCGCUGAAGGGGCAGCGGGGAGGGAGAGGGAGAGGGAGAGGGAGGUGCAGCUGGAGGGGAGGCGAGUGUGGGAGCUGAGUGGGGGGCGGAUGCGGCCUCUGGACUGGCACAUGGCCACGGAGGCUCUGGAACGAGCCGAGUCUGUCAAGAUCAGGUUCCGUUUCACAUCCCUAUCUUCGUUCGGCCCACACUCUCUCCCGCACGCGUCCCAGCCCACUCCUCUCACCGGCUCUGCCUCCUCCUCCUCCGCCGCUCCCGUCGCUCCACCCCUGCAUGCGCAAGUGGUAGACCUGCAACUAUGGCGCGCUGUACAGGUGGCAGGCAGGAAUUGGCUGGUGAUGGGAUGGCUGGAGGCUGUGGAGAGAGAGGAGCGGGCCCGGCUGGGUACUCUAGAGGAAGGGGGCAGUGGUAGUGGAGGGGAGGAGGAGGGUGAUGAGGAGGAGGAGGAGGAGGAUGAGGAGGAGGAUGAGGAUUUAUGGGAGAAGGUGCAGGUACGGGCUCAGUGGUACCAGCAACGUGAGCAUGGGGUAGAGGGAGGGCGAGGGGAGCAAAGGCAAGGACUGCAGGGGCAGCAGGGGCAGCAGGAGGAGGAAGGGCAGCAGGGGGAGCAAGGGCAACAGGGACACCAGCAGGGGGAGGAGGGGGGCCAGCAGAAGGAAGGAGGAGUGGGGGAGUCGGAAGGAGGGCAGCAGCGGGGUGGGAUGUGGGCGGGUAGGCCACGGGGCGGCAUCAUGUUUCUGCAGCAGCAGCUGCUACAGCAGCACCCCACUCCUUUUGAGGCGCCUCAAAAGCUGCUACAGCAGCAGCACCCCACUCCUCCUCUCCAGUACUACUCGCCCAUAUACUCUCCUCAGCAGCCCUCCACCCGUUUCUCACGGCGGCAGCACCACUCUCCUCCCCGCUCUCCCCUUCUGUACUUUGACUCUGUGCCACUGCAGCAAGCACAGGCAAUCGGCAGCAGCGGCAGCAGCAGCAUGGACUCUGCUGCGAUCACAGCCAGUGGCGCUUGCCACGCCCCUGCGGUUCCUCAGGGGUUCAUGCCUGCUUCUGCUGCUGUGCCUGCUGCUUCCUCUGCACGGGCUGCUGCGUCUGCUGUUGCAGCUAGUGAUGGUGUUUUGAGUAGCAAUGCAGCCCCCGAGCAGGAUGGACAGAAAAGCCGGAGCAGGGGGAAGGGGAAACGAGGUGGGGCUGAGGAGGAGACGAGGAAGAACAGACAGACGGAAGUGAAACCGGGGGACGUUUCUUCUGAAGCAACUUCCUCUGCCAAGGUCGCCCUGUUGAAGCGCUGGGGCUUGAAGCGAGGAGCGGGCAGUGCUGCUGAAACUGGCACAGGGGAGGCAAGCGAUAAGAGGAAAUACAAGGGGAGAAUCAGAACCGAAGAGAAACGGGGGGUUGUGGAGGGCGAUAAAGGUGGCGAGGUGGUGGGUGAGCGAGAGCGAGAAACGGCGAAAGGCAGCCAGAGAAAGAGGGGGCACGAGGGCAGGAUGAGCAAGGGCAGCAGGCUGUGGUACGGGCGUGGCAGGAGAAGGCGCGAGGAGAGGGGUGAAGAAGAGCGAGACGCCGCCGCCUUGGGUAGGAACAGGAGUGGUAGGGUUGAUGUGGAUGUGCUUGGUGCAAGUGAGCAAGAGGAGCGUGGGUGUGAGUUCUGGGAUGAGCAGCGGCAGGUAUAUGAGGAUGAAGCUAGGCUUCUGGAGGUUACUGCUGCCACCGCUACAGCUUCUGCUGUUGCUUCAGCUGCUGCUGCUGUUGACACUGAGCAUCCGGGCUUGCAGAAAUGGCGUUUGCAGCAGCAGCAGCAGCAGUUCAAACGGUUGCCUUCUGAGCAGAUGGAAGUUUUGGUGGUGGGAUCUCGUGUGAGGGGCGAGCAGCACACGGAAGAGGUGGAAAAGGAACACGGAGGGGUGGGAAUGGGACGUGGAGUGGUGGAACAGGAACAAGGUGAGUUGGAAAAGGAGCAGAGAGGUGUUGUGUGGUUGAAGCAGGAAUUCGGAUGGGGUGGAAGGCUUGGAGGGAAGGAUGGAGGCCAAAGGGGGUUACGAGGUAGGGGAUGGAGAGAUGAGGAGGGGAGUGAGGAGGAUUGGUCCAGUGAGGAGGAUGUGGAGGAAGAGGAGGGUGAAGAGUGGUCAGAGGCGGAAGAUGAAGGAGAGGAAGAGGAUGGAGAAGAGGACGAGAAAGAGAAAGAGAAAGAGGAAGUGGAGGAGGAGGAGGAGAACAGGGAAUUCAUAGGGGAGAGUGCUGCAGCUGUGUAUGGCGAGCAGCAGCCUCCACACACAAGAGACUCAUGGCAGCCCAUACGGCUCGAGCAGCCGCCGGGAUCAUCCCGCUCUGGCCAUGAUGCUGCUGCUGGCUCUGUUGCUCGUUUGUACCGACCUCACACGCCCCCACCUCCACGAAUGAUGCGGCGGUCAGGCAAGCAAGCAUUGUCAUAUUUUGCUGAGCUCAGUGAGCGCCAGGAGGAGGAGGACCUGUAUAGCGAUGAUCCGCCCUGCCAUUCUCACCUCCGCCAGCAACAACAGGAGGAGGAUCACCACCAGCAGCAGAUUCACAAUCGUCAGCAGCAGGACCAUUUCAUUCAUCCUUGGGAACAGCAGCAACAGUGGCAGCAGCAGGAGGCAGCACCACACAGCCUUCCCUCUCAAAUUGACACCCUCCCCCCGUCUUCCUCUCUCCUUCCCUCAAUCUUCUUCCCUGGACUCGUCAGCAGCUGUCCUUCCAAGCCCAAGUCACUUUGGCCCUAG